GAUUUCGGAUUUGAAUCCGGUCUGGGAUUUCAAGAAUAGUAACAGAAAUAGCUUUCGUUCGCGCAAAUAAUUUGCUAUAGUGAAAACCUUACGAACAUUAAAUCAUUGGUUUGUAAAUGUGAUCAUGGACUGUCCGUCUGACAGCGUUGUUGUUCUGCGUAAGAGCUGUGUUUUAGAGCUGUCACAUUACAGAACCGCGGCUUCCAGCUUGGACGAUCUCGCUCGCUUUUGAAGACUGAACGCCUGCGAUGGAGGCCGAUCUGCUGAUUGACUGGCAGCAGGAGCGGGCGGAGAUGCGGGCCGAGCUGUCGCGGAUGCAGGACGAGCUAGCGGAGAGCUGCGCGGAGAAGGAGGAGCUUCGGUCCCGGGCGCAGGCUUUGACUGACAGGCUGGCGCAGUCUCUGGACACCAUGUCUGCGCGGCAGGACGGCGAGCAGCGCGACUGGAAGCGGAAGCUACGGGAGGGCAGAGAGCGAGAGGCCCGGCAGGCCCAACUGAUCCACAAGCUCCAGAGCAAGGUUCUGGAGUACAGGGCACGUUGUCAGGGUCUGGAGGCCCAGAUGAAGAAUGAAGAGAGAGAGCUGCACUCCAGAGAGAAGAAGAUCAGGAAUGACCACAGCAACUCGCUGGAGAGUGCCCUCAUCAGGCUGGAGGAGGAACAGCAGAGAAGUGUUGGGAUGGCAGAAAUGAACGCUCUUCUGCGCAGUCAGGUCAACCAAUCAGGAGAGGCCAAUGAAGCUCUGAGAGAGGACCUGGGCAAGCUGACAGCUGAUUGGGCCAGAGCUGUGGAGGAGGCGGGGCGAAGGGAGAAAGAGUGGCAGAAGGAGAAAGAGCUCCUGACCAGUCACAUUGGGCGAGAGCACACCCGUCUGAUCUCACUGUGGGGGGGCGUGGUCACGCUGAGGCGCCACUAUCACACGCUGAGGACAGCCACUGACAGGGACUUGUGGGAGCUGAGGGCGGAGUUCUCCCGGCUGUCGUCCUCCCUGCUGUCCUGCUGCGGGUCGGUUAGCUCCUCCCUCUCAUCUGGCCUUGGGACAGGCCACGUCCCCAGCGGUGGAGCAGGCCACGCCCCCAGCCUCGUGGUCCUGCCCACUCCGGGGCCGUUGUCUCUCCAGGACCUGGAGCGCAGUCUCCAGGAGAAGGAGCGGGAAUUCCUGGAGCUGAAGGACCGGCAUCGCUCCGAGACCGAGCAGCUGCAGGACCGGAUCUCCGAGCUGUCCUCGACCCUUCAGAACCAGGAGAGGGAGAGGAAGGAAGAGGAAGAGGAGGAGGAGAGGAAGAGACAGAGCGAGGCGGAGAAACAGAAGGAGAGAGAGAGGGAUUGGGAGAGGCAGAGAGAGGUGGAGAGAGACCUACAGUCUGUCCAGCAGGCUGUUCUUAACCUGGCGAACUUCCUCAGCUCCCAGCGGCCGGGUGGGCGGGGCAGCGCUCCCAUGUCUCUGGCUGAGCUGUCCAAUGACAGGCUGGCUCUGGCUGAGCUGUCCAAUGACAGGCUGGCCUCUCUGCUCACUGUCAUCGCCGAGGCAGAGACCGCCCUCCAGUGUCGACACGAGGAACUGCAGGAAGCGGAGGUGAGAAUCCUGGGGUUGGAGGCGGAGAGAGAGGACCUGGAGCAGCAAAUCAGAGUCCUGCAGAAGGAUGGGGCGGAGCUUCAGGAGUGGGCACUGCAGGGGGGCCAGGAGCUCACACACACACAGGAGCUGCUGCAGAGUGAGCGGGAGAUGGCGGUCGCCCUGGGCAGCCAGCUGAGGGAGGCGGAGCGGAGCGGGGAGGAGCUGCGGCAGGAGAACGAGCUCCUGAGACGCCAGCGCAGCCGCGACGAGGAGGAGCGCCAGGAGCUGGAGCGAGACCGGCAGAGACGGGUGGAGGCGGGGCUGCAGGAGGCUGCCCAGCUGAUGGGGCGGGUGGAGCAGGGCCGGCAGGAUCUCUGGGACCUGCAGGGGGAGCUGGAUCAGGAGCGCCUGGAGAGAGAGCGUGCCGAGGGGGAGUCCGCCCAGGCCCGGGAAGCGCUGGUGAAGGCGCGCGAGUCCGUCCUCUCUCUGUCCUCCAGUCAGACUCAGCUGAGACGGGAGGUGGCAGAGGGGCGGGACUCCCUGGACAAGAUGGCCGCCCUGAACGAGGCCCUGGUCCUGGACAAGAGGGAGCUCGGAGCGCGUACGCUACAGUUGGAAACGGAGUUGGCCGACGCCCUGUCCUGCCUGCAGACAAUGAGGUCAGAGGUCAUGGCCCUUCAAAGGGCGCUGAAGGCAGUUACCCAGGAGGCCACAGAAAUGAGGGCUCAGAUGGCUGGAGAUGUGGAGUCGCUGCAGCUGAUGGGGGACAGAGAGAGGGAUCUGGAGAGGGAGGUGCAGACUGAGAGAGAGGCGAGAGAGAGGGAGACCUGCCUGCUGAGCGAGGCCAGAGAAAGGGACGCAAGAAAACUUCAGGAGCUCUCAGGGCUGCACAAUGCAGUCUGUGCUGAGAUGCGGAGCGUGCAGGCAGAGCUGAGCCGGGCUCAGGAGCAGCAGAAGCGGGCGGAGAGAGAGAGAGACGACCUGCUGAGGGAGGGGCAGCGCCUGGAGGGGGGCGUGCGAGCGCUGGAGAGAGAGAGGGAGGAGCUGGAGACCGACCGCGACCAGCUCAGGUCGCUCUCGGCCUCCCUGCGGCAGCAGCUGGCUCAGCUACAGGAGCAGAGCUCCAGCCUGGAGGUGCACAGGGGCCAGCUGGAGGUCCAGGUGCACACGCUGACGCAGGCUAAAGAUGCACUGCAAGGGGAGAUCAGGUGCUUGCGGGAGGAGCUGGAGAGGCAGAUGUCUCAGAGGGAGGUGGAGACAGCGGAGGCGCAGGAAGAGAGGGAGAGGAGCCGCGAGGAGGCGCAGGGCCGGCAGAAGGAGGUGCAGAGGCUGCAGGAGGCGCUGGAGCUUGCGGAGGAGCAGCGUGCAGAGCAGGAGGCCCAGAGGAGUCUGUGGCAGAGCGAGAGGGAGGCGCUGAGCUCUGAGCUGGGCCAGCGGGACGGGGAGGUGGAGGCGCUGAGGAGCAGGGUGGAGGGCCUGCAGAGGGAGAGGGAGGUGUUGGAGGAGAGCCAGGCGGCCCUGGAGGCGCUGCGCUCCCAACUGAGCGCCGAGCAGAGGAGGCAGGAGCAGAGCGCGAGGGAGGUGCGAGGAGACGCCCAGCGGUGGAGGGAGCGAGCAGGGGAGGCGCAGAAGGAGGUGCAGUCCCUGACCCUCAAGCUGACGGAGGGAGAGAGGGAGGGAGCGAGGGCCCUGGAGAGGGAAAGGGAGAGGAGCGCAGAGCAGCUCAGGCAGGCAGACGAGGAGGUGGCCAGGCUGGAGGCCCGAGUGGAGGUGCUGGACGAGCUGAACUCCCGACUGAGAGAGGGGGAGCGGGUAAGGGAGGAGGAGGAGGACAGGAGCAGGAGGACAAAGGAGGCAGAGGGGAGAGACAGGGAGGAGCGGCUGAGAGGGGAGCUGGGCCACAGGAAGGAGGAGGUGGCCCAGCUGAAGGCCAGCCUCAACGAGCUGGAGAGGGAGAAGGAGGCGAGCUGGAGGAGGAUCGGCGAGCUCCAGGGGAGUGUGGAGAGCCAGGAGGCACUCCUGCGGGAGAGAGAGGAGGAGCUUAGGAGGAUGAGGAGGGUGCAAGAGGAGGCAGCAGCCAGGCUCCAGCAGGAGGAAGAGGAGCUGAGCAGGACGAAGGAGCGGCUCAUGGAGCAGGAGCUGUCAGUGCAGGAGACGCAGGCCAUCCUGGAGCGAGAGAGGACUUUGAGGACAGAGAGAGAAGAGGAGCUGGAGACCGCCGAGGGAGAGAGGGAGAGAGCACGGGAGCGUGUGCGGGAGGUGGAGGAGGAGCGGGAGGGGCUGCUGGAGGAGGUGGAGAGGUGGAGAGGAGUGGCGGAGGAGAGGGAGAGAGCGGGGGAGAGUGUGUCGAAGGCCCUGGUGAAGAGAGAGGGGGAGCUGGAGGAACUGAAGACUCGGCUGGAGGAGGGAGUGGAGGAGGAGAGGAGGAUGAGGCAGAGCCUGCUGGAGGGAGAGGAGGAAAGGGAGAGCCUGGCGUCCCAGGUGAGGGAGGAGCAGGGGGAGGUGGAGAGACUCAGGGCCAGUGUGGAGGAGCUGCAGAGGGGACAGCGCUCCCUGCUGGAGGGAGAGGAGGAGAGGGAGAGCCUGGCGUCCCAGCUGAGGGAGGAGCAGGGGGAGGUGGAGAGGUGGAGAGGAGUGGCGGAGGAGAGGGAGAGAGCGGGGGAGAGUGUGUCGAAGGCCCUGGUGAAGAGAGAGAGGGAGCUGAAGGAACUGAAGACUCGGCUGGAGGAGGGAGUGGAGGAGGAGAGGAGGAUGAGGCAGAGCCUGCUGGAGGGAGAGGAGGAGAGGGAGAGCCUGGCGUCCCAGCUGAGGGAGGAGCAGGGGGAGGUGGAGAGACUCAGGGCCAGGGUGGAGGAGCUGCAGAGGGGACAGCGCUCCCUGCUGGAGGAGAGAGGAGGUCAGGUGGAGGUGCUGGGUGAGAGGGUGCGGGAGCUGGAGGAGGAGAGAGACCGCCUCACCGCAGAGCUGAGGAGCAGAGAGAGGGAGGUGGGGGCCCUCAGGGAGGAGGUGGAGAAGGAGCGGAGAGAGAGGGAGAAGGCCAGCUCCUCGCUGAGGUGGAGAGAGGAGGAGAUCAGGCAGGAGCGGGAGAGGAGGGAGGCGAUGGCCGCCCAGCUCCACUCCCUCACAGAGGAGGUGGGGGAGCUCUCUAAGGGCCGGGACCGGGCCCGGGCGGAGGCCAAGGAGAAGGAGGUGGACAAGGAGAAUAUGAGGGAGGGCCUGAAGGAAGCGCUUCAGGAGAUGGCCACGCUGAAGGAGCUCCUGGAGGAGAGCCACGGAGAGGGAGAGAAACUUCGCUUGCUCCUGCAGGAGAGAAGGGAGGAGCUGGUGCGGAGCAGGGAGGAGAGGCUGCGGGCGGCUCGGGGGGAGUUGGACACGCUGGAUGGGAGGGUCAGGAGCGUGGAAGGGGAAAAGCAGAAGCUGGAGGCGCAGCUGAGGCUCAGGGAGGCCGAGCUGCUCCGAGCCGCACAGCUCCGUGAGGAGGAGGCCAGAGAGAGGGACCGGAGUGAGAGGAGGUGGGAGGAGUCCGAGAAGGUGCUGCGGGACACGGUGGUGCAGAGGGAGGCGGAGCUAACCCGCGUCAGGGCGCGAGUCGACGCCCUGGAGGAGCAGAGGAUGGAGCUGAACUCCGCAUCGGCCAGGAGGACCCAGGAGAUUCUGCAGCUCAGCACAAGGGCGAGGGAGUUGGAGCACGAGCAGGAGUUGCUGAGGAAAGGGAGGAUAGAGGAGACGGAGAGGUGGGAGGAGAGGAUGGCCGAGCUGAGGAAGGAGGGGGAGGAGAAAGGGGAGAAGUGGAUGGAAGAAGAAGGGCAGCUGAAGAGGGAGAGCGAUAGACUGAAACGGGAGGCGGAGGAGAGAGAGGAGGAGGUGGAGGAGGUGCGAGAGAUGUUGCGAGAGAAGGAGAGAGAGGUGGAGGUGCUGCAGGAAAGGGUGGAAGAGGCAGAAAUGAGAAUGGCUACGCUGAUGCAAGCAGAGGAGGAGAGAGAGAGGGAGGCUCAUGCGGAGGAGAGAGAAAAGGAGGCGCAGGAGGAGGAGAGGGAGAGACAGAGGGAGAGAGAGAGGGAGAGACUGCAGAGACAGCUCACAGAAAGGAGCAGGGACGCCGGGGAGCUGAGGGAGAGGAUGCGGGAGCUGGAGGAGGCGCUGGAGAAAGAGAGGGAGCGCAGGAUAGAGGCGAGGAAGCGAGAGCACCUCCGUACGCUGGAGGAGAAGAAGAGGGGAGACCAGGCCCAGACGGCAGAGCUGCUGCAGAGCAUUCUGGGUAAAGCAGAGGAGGAGAAGGCGAGGCUGGUCGCGGAGCUGAGUGAGAGAGAGGAGGAGGUCAGGAGGUGGAGGAGCAGGGCGGAGGCGCAGGGGGGAGGAGAGGGUGAGAGACUGGGGAGGGAUGGAGGCCCCGGGGAGGCGCAGCAGGGAGUGGAGGACGCUCCGGACGGCCUGAGCAUGGAGAACAUGAGAGCCAGAGUGGCCACGCUCCUCCUGGAGAAGGAGGAGAGGGAGGCGCAGCUGAGCGAGAGGGAGGCGCAGAUCUACACGCUGAAGAGGAGGGUCGAGGACCUUCUUAAGGACCGGGAGCGCGUUCGGAACGCUCUGGAGCAGACUGAGGCCACACUGAUCCAGUACCAGGAGAAGAACCGGAAAACUGGAAAACUCACACACUCUCAGUUACACCCUGGGUUUGUGCCUGGUCACCUGGACUUGUGUGCGGUGCCUGAACAGGAGAAGCCGCAAGAACAGGAUACACCAGGAGGGGGCGCCGAUGUGCCGGAGCGGGAGAGGCUGCAGGUCUCAGACAGCCCAGCAGGGGACGCUGCGCUGCAGGAGAGACUGCAGGUCUCAGACGGGCCAGCAGGGGGCGCUGCGCUGCAGGACAGACUGCACUUCUCAGACGGGCCAGGAGGGGGCGCUGGCGUGCGAGAGUGGCUGCAGCUCUCAGACGGGCCAGGAGGGGGCGCUGGCGUGCGGGAGUGGCUGCAGCUCUCAGACGGGCCAGGAGGGGGCGCUGGCGUGCGGGAGCGGCUGCAGGCCAUGCAGAAGGCUGUUGCGCAGCUGGAGUUGGAGCUGCAGAGGCUGCAGGAGCGGAACGCGCAGCUGGAGCAGAGAGUGGCCCGGCUGCGGACCGAGAGGACGGGGCUCAGGGAGGCGCUGAAGCAGGGGGUGCCGGCUCACACAGAGCAGGAGGAGGAGACGCUGAACCUGCUGAGGGCCCGUGUGCUGGAGCUGGAGGAGCAGGUGCAGCACCUGAGGAGAACGCUGGCAGCGGAUCACAGGGAGAGGGAGGAGUUUAUCCAACGGUCCUCCCGGAACAACCAAUUGCUGAUCUCACUGCGGCAAGACCUGAACGAAUCAUUGGCUGUGGUGUCGCAGAAGCCCCUCCCAUCUGUCCUGGAGGCCGAGACACAGCGAUUGGACAGAAGUCUGAGGGAGGAGGAGUUUCGUUUAUCUCUCAGCCAGUCCUGACGGAUUUCUUACGCGUUGCACUACGUCCAUGUUGCUGUUUGAAAUGUUCCUAACUUUUAGUUUUUAUGUUACUUGAGGUGGAAAAAUGGCCACUGAGAUAUUGUUGUUGAAGAUGAGUUGAAGUGCUUGCCUGACUGACGCUUACAGCUUUUAUAUGACUUCAAACCUGUUUACGUAAUGCAGUUUACAUUAUUUAUUUAUAAUAAAUUACAUUUUUGAUAUUUUGUGUAAUUGUAUUUAAUAUCAUUAUACUAUUGUACAACUUUUAUUCAAUAAAAAAAACUAUUUCAGGCC